CUUGUAUGAGAAUCCCUCGACUUUUAUUUUUAAUUUUCUCUUUUACUCCUCCUUUCUCUCUCCUCUGAAAAUCAUGACUCUCUUCCAUUUCAAGGAGAAAAGAUAUCCCUCCUUUUCUGUUGUUAAAUUUCCCCAAGGUUCUUAUAUACAGCUCUCCAUGAUCAGCUUUUGAGCUUUUUCUCGAAGCCCAUGUCAGGUUCCAGCCAACUGAAGCGCACCCAUCUCCCUUUUCACCUAAUUCUUCUCCAUUCCUUCUCAAAUUUAGGGGUUUUAUGGGGUUUAUGAGCCCUAGUGCUUACCAGGUCGACCACAGUGUCACCUGAUCUCACCUUCGACUUCUAUCGAGUUUUCGUAAAUUCUAUUUUCUGGGUUUUCGUAAUUUGACCUCCUUUAUUUAAAUUCAAUUGCCUUUCGGCUGUUUAUUUCGACAUCUAGUUCUUUCUAGGGCAUCUUGGUCUUAGCUGAGGUUCAGUGUUAAUUGAGUCAACUUAAUCAAUCUCCUUGAAUUGGAUCAAAUUUAGCAGAAUCUGCUUUCUGGGUUCAUCGAACAAGGUUAUCUUUGCUGGACUUCCAUGGCUUUUAUAGCGAUCCCGGGUUCUGGUUCGGGAUCAGGAUCGAGUUUGAAUUCCGGGUUUCAAUUCUUGAAUUCCCCUUUUGGAGAUACCACAUACACCAAGGUCUUUGUUGGCGGAUUGGCAUGGGAGACGCAAAGCGAGACUAUGCGUCGUUAUUUCGAGCAGUUUGGAGAGAUUCUCGAGGCAGUCGUGAUCACCGACAAGAAUACAGGGAGAUCGAAAGGCUAUGGUUUUGUGACUUUCCGUGAUCCAGAAUCUGCAAGGAGGGCCUGUGCUGAUCCAACCCCGGUUAUAGAUGGUAGAAGGGCGAAUUGUAAUUUGGCUUCUCUUGGGCGGCCUAGGCCAUUUAUACCUUACGGACGUCCAAGAUCAGCGACUCCCUACUUUGGAAGUGUACAGACACCCCGAGGGGCUUAUGUUGGAAGCCCCAGUUAUCGACAACCACUUUCUUUCAGCUACCAACAAGGAUUUGCAUAUCCUCCAUAUGGGUACACAACUUAUGGUCCUGAAUACAUCUACCCACAGGGAGCAUAUAGUCCUUAUAUUGGUCAGCAAUACCUUCAGAUAUAUGGGGUACCAGGGACAGUUAAUGCAGCUGUCUACCCUGUUGGGCCAUUGGGGCAGCCCCUUCCUGGCAGUCACGGGUACACCUCAGUUCAAGGCUAUGCAAUGCCAGGCCCUCACGUCGUGCAACUUAGUGGGCCCAAUGUCAAUGGAGUGACACCACCUGUUCCCACAAUUCAAGCAACAUAUCCUACAGGUGUAGCAGCACAAGUUCCAGCACAACCACAGUUCAUGGUUCCUGCUCAUUCUCCUCAGUUUACACAAGGAAGUGGUUCAGAUCAAACAGCAGGUUGAGGGAUAGAUCAAGAUGAAUUACAUCUUGAGGUAUCCUUAGAUUGCAGCAGGACUAAGAGCACCAGUACUGCUACUUGAGUGGCAGGCUUUGAAUCUAGCCUUGCAAAUUAUCAUCUUUGCAUUCUAGAGGUCAUCCAUAGUCAUGGUCACUGGAGAUACCAGAGUCAGAUGUCAAGUCGCUCCAAGCACUGGAGCAAUGAACAGGAGAGAGUUUGGAUUGCUCUUCUGUCGCAGUAGUGUCUAAAAUCCUCAUGUCCUGCCGGAGCUUGAGGUCACUGGAAGAGUAUGGAUUGAUGGAUGCUGGAAUCGGUUUCUGGCAACCAUGUAGGGACAGACUGUAAAUUCAGCAUGUAGAAUAAUGAACAUAUGAUUAUUUUAUCGUCUAGACCCAAGAUUGGGUGUAUAGCGAGUCCCUAGUGUUUGUGUAGGAUGUUUGUGCAUUGUAUUUAACAUCAGGAGUCUGUGGAAGUGUGCAUAUCAAUAGCUGUUUAUCUGAGGAACAUUUUCAGUAAUUGGUUAUUUGUAAGACUCCAGAAAGGGCUUCAAAGACUGGCAGCAGGGAGUAAUAAUUUAACAAGGGGAACUUCUGUAUAUGUUCUCUUCCAACACUUAGAACUCUGAUCUUAAGGCUACCUUAGUUCCGUUUGCUUACAAAACAACAACCGGAACAGGGCGAGGGAUUAUGUAGAAAAAAUGAAAUUUGC